AUGCGUCGCACGACCGGCUGCCCGCUGAGCCAGAUCUGCAUCCCCCCUCCUGCCGUCCUGGUGAGGAGCUUCCCGGUGAGAUCCAGCCUGGACCCCUGCGGCACCACCGGCAGCUUCCAGAGCCUCCCUCCCCGCGGCAGCCCCUGCUGCUACCCCGGCACCACCACCUACGUCAGCCUGGGGAGCCUGGCCGCGGCCCAGGCCGCCGGCGGCGCCAACUGCGGCCUUGUGGCCACCAUGCGUGGCCCCCCGUGCUGCCAGGGCGUGCCUGGGUACACCACGACGUGCCGGAAGCCCUGCUGCUGCUGGGUGACCGAGAGCAGCACCAGGAGCCGGGACUGCUGCCAGGAGGUGGCCAAGUGCUCCACAGCCACGUGCCAGGAUCCGUGCUGCCAGGAGGUCACCAAGUGUGUCACCACGUGCCAGGAUCCGUGCUGCCAGGAGGUCACCAAAUGUGUCACCACAUGUCAGGAUCCGUGCUGCCAGGAGGUCACCAAGUGUGUCACCACGUGCCAGGAUCCGUGCUGCCAGGAGGUCACCAAGUGUGUCACCACGUGCCAGGAUCCGUGCUGCCAGGAGGUCACCAAGUGUGUCACCACGUGCCAGGAUCCAUGUUGUCGAGAGGUCACCAAGUGUGUCACCACAUGCCAAGAUCCCUGCUGCCAGGAAGUGUCCAAGUGCACCACAACGUGCCAAGAUCCGUGUUGCAAAGAAGUGACCAAGUGUGUCACCAUGUGUGUGGACCCCUGCUGCCAGGACGUCACCAAGUGUGUCACCACGUGCCAGGAUCCCUGUUGUAAGGAAGUCACCAAGUGUGUCACCACAUUCCAAGACCCCUGCUGCAAGGAGGUUACCACCACAUGCGCCACAACGUGCCAGGAUCCCUGUUGUAAGGAGGUCACCAAGUGUGUCACCAUGUGCCAGGAUCCCUGUUGUAAGGAGGUCACCAAGUGUGUCACCACGUGCCAGGAUCCCUGUUGUAAGGAAGUGACCAAGUGUGUCACCAUGUGCCAAGACCCCUGCUGCAAGGAGGUGACCACGUGCACCACCAUGUGCCAGGAUCCCUGUUGUAAGGAGGUCACCAAGUGCACCACCACGUGUGUGGACCCCUGCUGCCAGGAGGUCACCAAGUGUGUCACCACGUGCCAAGACCCCUGCUGCAAAGAGGUGACCACGUGCACCACCACGUGUGUGGAUCCGUGUCGUAAGGAGGUCACCAGGUGUGUCACCACGUGCCAGGAUCCCUGUUGUAAGGAGGUGACCAAGUGCACAACCACAUGCCAAGACCCGUGUUGCAAGGAAGGGACCAAGUGCAGCUCCAGAUGUGUGGAUCCGUGCUACAAGAAGGUGCCCAAGUGCUCCACCCCGUGCCAAGAUCCGUGCUGUGUGACCAGGUGUGACCCCAGGUGUGUGGACCCAUGUUGUCAGGAGGUCACCAAGUGUGUCACCAGGUGUGUGGAUCCCUGCUGCCAGGAGGUCGCCAAGUGCAGAACCAGAUGUGUUGAUCCAUGUUGUCAGGAGGUCACCAAGUGUGUCACCACGUGUGUGGAUCCUUGUUGUAAGGAAGUCACCAAGUGUGUCACCACGUGUGUGGAUCCUUGUUGUAAGGAGGUCACCAAGUGUGUCACCACGUGUGUGGAUCCGUGUUGUAAGGAGGUCACCAAGUGCACCACCAGAUGCGUUGACCCGUGCUGCCAGGAGGUCACCAAGUGCGUCACCACCUGCCAAGAUCCCUGCUGUGUGACCAGAUGUGCCACCAGGUGUCAGGAUCCGUGUUGUCAGGAGGUCACCAAAUGUGUCACCGCGUGUGUCGAUCCCUGCUGCCAGGAGGUCACCAAGUGCACCACCAGAUGUGUGGAUCCCUGCUGCCGGGGAGUGACCACAUGUGCCACCAGGUGUGUGGACCCCUGCUGCCAGGGAGUGACCACCUGCCCCACCACCUGCCAAGACCCCUGCUGCCAGGGUGUCACCAGAUGUGUCACCACCUGCCAAGACCCCUGCUGCCAGGGAGUGACCACCUGCACCACCACCUGCCAAGACCCCUGCUGCCAGGGUGUCACCAGAUGUGUCACCACCUGCCAACACCCCUGCUGCCAGGGAGUGACCACCUGCCAAGACCCCUGCUGCCAGGGAGUGACCACCUGCCAAGACCCCUGCUGCCAGGGAGUGACCACCUGCCCCAUCACAUGCCAAGACCCCUGCUGCCAGGGAGUGACCACCUGCCAAGACCCCUGCUGCCAGGGAGUGACCACCUGCCCCACCACAUGCCAAGACCCCUGCUGCCAGGGAGUGACCACCUGCCAAGACCCCUGCUGCCAGGGUGUCACCAGAUGUGUCACCACCUGCCAAGACCCCUGCUGCCAGGGAGUGACCACCUGCCCCACCACGUGCCAAGACCCCUGCUGCCAGGGAGUGACCACCUGCCCCACCACGUGCCCAGCCCCGUGCUGCGUCCCCAGCUGUCCCCCUCUGUGUGCGGCCCCCUGCUGUGCCACCCCGCAGUGCCGCGGGGGUGCCCAGGUUGUCACCAGGUGUGCCGACUCCUGUCCCACCACCUGCGUCACCCAGACCUGCCCGGUGUGCGGCCAGCGCUGCUCCGUCUCCUGCUGCCCCAAAUUACGGGCUCGCUGAGGGGCUCCGGGGUGGGAUCCGAAGGAGACCCCGCUCCCCGUGGCGGUUUCCCCGUGGAAUCUCCAAAGGAAGAGUAAAUCCUCAUUUUCCUCGCGUUCUGCCCCGUUCCUGCUGUUUUUCACCUCAAGAAAGCGCCGUUCCUCACGGGAUGUCACCGAGCGAUUUUGUGCCCCCGGGAUUGUUCCCCGGGAGAAAGAAUCUGCAGUUCCCCCUCGCACCGGGAGUGCCAUGGAGGAAUUCCCCUCUUUGUUCUUCCUCCUGAUCUUUUUCCUU